UUUCAUUAACCGUGUAGAAAUAAUUACAUGAAAAGUGUUGAUCAGAACAGAUUAGACAUUCGCGUUAUUUUCCGUUUUCAUAUAAUUGUACGAUUUGUGAAAAAAGUAUGGAGAAUAAUCCAGAGCAGCAGCAGCCUAAUGCAAAUCCUGUAGCAAUGUUACCACCUCCACCACCACCACCGGGAAUGUUAAUUUCCGCUCCCGGUUGGACACCCGGCCAAGAAAGGCCACCGUUAAUUAGAGCUCCAGGUAUGCCAUCAUUACUGGGAGUUCCUGGUGGUUCCCCGCCACUGAUGGGAGCACCAGGAAAUCAAUUUCCUCCGGUAAUGGCACCACCCGGAGCUGCACCAAUGGCUCUAAUGAGGCCGCCUGGUGGUAGUCCACCAGUUGGUUCUCAAGUUGGAGCACCUGGUCAGCCAUCAAUGGGAAUUAUGGACCGAUCAGAUGAUGAAACGCAAAACGUUCCUCCCUUGAUGUCUAUCAACAUCGAAGGAACAGAACAAGAUCUUACCGACAAAAAACCAUCUGAAUUAAUUCUGCCGAAAGCGUUGGAGGAUGUAUUGGCACUUAAGACCAUUCGUGCGAAGGAACUGGGUGCGGAAGAAGCAUUGGCUACCACCGGAGCUGUCGUACCAACGGUUCCAAUACAACCACCACCACCUGCCGGUGUUAUGAGUUCCUAUCUUGACAUGGACGGCGAUUCGGACGAUGACAACAUCGACGGAAUGAUACCGCCUCCGCCGGUUAUUUCGAAAGCGGAAGGCAGAUUGGAUCGAAAUCGUCGACGCAAACAGCGAAAGAAGGACAAUAGGAAGGCCAGACGGGAAGAACAGGCUAUCGUGAUGCAGCUGCGUGAAAAAGAGAAAGAAAUACAACCCAAGGAAGUAGUAACUAACGGAAAAGAACCCGAACAGCAGUCGAAGCCUGAGGAAGAUGAUAAACCGGUAGAUGAUAAAGAGAAGGAGGAAAAACCUAAAGGAAAAGAAAAGGAAAAGGAAAAGUCUUCUAAGGAUGAGACCGAUAAAGAAAAGAGUAAAGAAAAAGAAAAAUCGAGAUCAAAGGAUAAAGAGAAAAAGAAGGACAAAGAGAAAUCCAAGGAAAAGGUUAAGGAACCCGCAUUGGUUGAGCCUGAUAUUGAGGAAGUGGAUAUUGAUUAUGUCCCAGAAAAGAUUACAAUCGCAGAUUUGGCUCCGAUGUAUCGCCAGUUCUAUCGCGUGUUUGAAAUUUUCAAGUUGGAAACGAAACCAAAGGAGACUGCAAAAACGGAAACGAUAGAAAGCGAAAAGACCACUGCGGCCAAGAAACCGAAUGACAAAGAUGAUGAUGACGAUGAUGACCUCAUGGAUAUGGACGACAAAGACGAAAAGGAACGAAUAUCAAAACGCAAGAUGAAAAAGCUAACUCGUUUGAGUGUGGCCGAGUUGAAGCAACUGGUGGCACGGCCGGAUGUGGUUGAGAUGCACGACGUCACCGCGAGAGAUCCAAAACUUCUCAUCCAACUUAAAUCUCACCGAAAUACGGUACAAGUUCCGCGACACUGGUGUUUCAAAAGAAAGUACCUGCAGGGAAAGAGAGGUAUCGAGAAGCCACCUUUUGAACUGCCGGCAUUUAUCAAGAAAACAGGUAUCAUGGAGAUGCGAGCUUCACUACAGGAGAAGGAUGAAGCAAAGACACUGAAAGCUAAAAUGCGGGAACGUGCUCGGCCAAAGAUGGGCAAGAUUGAUAUCGACUAUCAAAAGCUGCAUGACGCGUUUUUCAAAUGGCAAACUAAGCCCCGCAUGACAAUUCACGGGGAUUUGUACUACGAAGGAAAGGAAUUCGAGACCCGUUUGAAGGAGAAGAAACCGGGAGAUUUGUCCGAAGAGUUGCGAGUUGCAUUGGGAAUGCCCAUUGGACCGGCGUGUCACAAAAUUCCACCGCCAUGGUUAAUCGCACAGCAGCGCUACGGACCACCGCCCAGCUAUCCGAACCUUAGGAUCCCGGGCUUGAAUGCACCAAUUCCGGAGGGUUGCUCGUUUGGUUAUCACGCCGGUGGUUGGGGUAAACCGCCGGUAGAUGAAAACGGUAAACCGCUCUAUGGUGAUGUGUUCGGUAUGAGCGCUAGUGAACAUGAUAACGGUCUUGGCGAGGAGGAAAUUGAUCGCACUCAGUGGGGCGAACUUGAAUCCGAAUCGGAAGAAUCAUCCGAGGAGGAAGAAGAGGACGGUGAAGAUUUGGGUGCACCAGUAGAUGAAAGUGGUCUCAUUACUCCGGCUGAGGGUCUGGUUACACCAUCUGGUCUGACUAGUGGUGUACCAGCUGGUAUGGAAACUCCGGAUACGAUCGAACUUCGUAAGAAGAAGAUUGAAAGCGAAAUGGAAGAUAAUGAAACGCCGGUAUUGUAUCAAAUUCUGCAAGAACGGCGCAACGAACGUAUUGGGGCAUCGAUGAUGGGAUCGACUCAUGUAUAUGAUUUAGCUGGAGCGGCUGCUGCAGGAGCUGCCGGUGGACCACGAGUCGGUCGCCCAGGACCGGUUGAUCGCGAAGGCAUGGUUGAAUUGGCUUUAGAUCCUUCGGAACUUGACAUGGAUAACGAAGCGAUGGCCCAGAGGUACGAACAACAGAUGCGAGAGCAGCAAAGCCACCUACAGAAGGAGGAUCUUUCCGAUAUGUUGGCAGAGCAUGUAGCUCGACAAAAGUCUAAGCGAAAACGACAACAAACCGACACAACUAGCAAACAACAGAAGAAAUAUAAGGAGUUCAAAUUCUAAGUUGUUGAUCGCCUCAAAUAAAAGUAAAAUUAUAAUUAUAACUAUUUCCAACAUAAACAGAUAGCAAUUAUCAAUAAAAAUUAUAAACGGUA